AUGCCGAACUCCAUCGACACUUUCAAGGAGUUAAGCGCCCAGUUCACCUCGCACUUUAUUGGGGGACAUAGGUACAAGAGGUCUACUGCGUGCUUGAUGAGCAUCAAGCAGCGAGAAGACGAGAUGCUGAGAUCCUACGUAACUCGUUUCAACAAGGAGGCCCUUUCAAUUGACGAAGCGAAUGAUAAGAUACUCGUAGCAGCAUUCACUAAUGGGUUACAAAAGGGUAAGUUCUUGUUUUCUCUCUACAAGAAUGACCCAAAAACCAUGUCGGAUGUGCUCUACAGAGCCACCAAAUACAUGAACGCGGAAGAUGCAUUGCUGGCUCGCAAGGAGAAGCCCAGAAAGAGGGAAAGAUAG